CACUUCCUUCUUUAUUGCUGUCUCGGCCUCUUGCAGCAUCUCAUUAGUGUAGCAGCUGCCGCCAUUUUUCUUCACCAUGGAGUCAAUCUUCUUUAUCAGCUCACUGACUUGUGUGUGGUUCCCUUCAUCAUAGUUAUUAAACACAUGGUAUCUUCCUCCACAGUCAGCAAUCAGCUUCUUAAAGGAAUCAUCACAUUCUUACUCUAUGUAAUCUUCAAUGGAUCAAUCUCCUCAUCCUCCAGUGAAUCUCCUCUUGUGAAAAGAAUGAUGGUGAUUUUUUCUGAAUUCUUCCCAAAACCUUCCUUGAUGAGUUUUAAUGUCUCCUUCUCUUCUGGUGUUAAUCUGCCAGUCUGUACCACCAACAGGAAGACAUGUGGUCCUGGAUCCAGAAGACUGAUGCAUUUCACCAUCUCCUCAUUAACCUCUUCAUGGGACAAAGUGGAGUCAAACAGACCAGGCGUGUCGACCACGACAGGACGACCGUCUACUUUACUCUGUGCUUUCUGACAGUGCUUGGUGACUGAUGUUUGACUUGCUUCAGCCUCAAACUCUUUUCUUCCCAGAAUGGUGUUUCCUGAAGAGCUCUUUCCACAGCCAAUCUUCCCCAGCAGCACAAUGCUGAGCCUCUCUGAGCUCUGAUUCUCAUCAUCACCUGUAACAUCAAAACAACUGGAGUUACUUUAAACGUUCACAGUCGCUACAUUUCAGUGCUGUAGACUCAAGACUUUAAUGCAGGACUGUCCAUCACCUCUCUCUGAAGCACUGUGUUACUGGUUAAACAUUUACUAAUCUGUGUCAUAUCUGUACAGCGUCCUGCCCACUCUGCUUGGAAAAGGCUGUAUCAGGGGAGGAACUUAUCAGUGUGGAGAGGUUGUACUUUAUUUAUGUUCAUGGAGAAAGGAGCAGUUACUGUUUCAUCUGUGCAUGCCGACUGUUGAAGUCUGGUGAUCAGACAGAAACGCUGUCUGUAAAUUACAGACCUAAAUUUGGUGUAUAAACUCAUGUUACCAGUAGAAGAUCACAGACCUACAGUCAAGGAUAACAGACAGUCACCUCAGUCCAGCAGUUGGUCUCCAGUUAGUGUCUGAUAUUUCCAGCAGAGUGACAUUAUGGGGGCCUCACCAUCAUCUGAAGAAGCCGGGGCCAAGAAGAGUGUGGAAGCCGGGGCCAACAAGAGUGAAGAAGCCGGGACCAACAAGAGUGAAGAAGCCGGGACCAACAAGAGUGAGGCAGCUGGGGCCAACAAGAGUGAGGCAGCUGGGGCCAACAAGAGUGAGGCAGCUGGGGCCAACAAGAGUGGGCCAUCUGAAGCCUUCAUGAAAAUCGCAGCUGGGGCCUUCGUGAAAUGGGCAGCUGAGACCGUCCUUGGAGAGGCAGCUGAGGCCAUUAUGGGAGAGGCAGCUGAUGAAGAAAUCAUGGAGGGGGCAGCUGAGGCCGUCCUUGGAGGUGAGUAA